CCGGAAUGGACUUUUGUACACAGAAAGUUACUGGUGGUCUUCUUAGGCGCACACAAUUAUUACACGAAGGUGUUUAAAUGAGUUUAGCCAUUUAUAAAAAAAGUGUUGUAGUGCAUAAGUAUCUUUGUUUCUGGAACUCGCAUUACUCAACGGAACUUUCCUUUCUAGGAGAUUGGUUUGAAUGCAGCAAAUCUGUUGAAAAUUUGAAUUACAAUUGUCUGUUAUCUCUUUGUUGUCUCUGUGACGUAUUGCAAUUUACUACAAAAACGAUAGUGUGUAGUCUUUGAACUCAGUUGUCAUUUCAAGGGAAACAGAUUAUCAUUCAACAUUUAACUUGUGUAUUUCGAAUCAGCCUUGACCUACACGGAUAUUUGGAUACGUCGUAGAAUAAGUACUUGAAAAUGACAAGGGAAGCGAGUAGCUUAGUAUGGGACUAUUUGGUGUUUAUAAUAUUCGUGAUCGCUACCACCUUUGUAGCGGUCUACUCCAGAUUUGUGGAAGGGAAGGAAAAGACAAAAGCGGAUUUUGUGUUUGCCGCAGGGAAGGUUUCUAUGGCAGCCAUGAUGUUAAGCAUAGCAAGGGGAACACUUGGCGUUAGAUCGUUUUUAGGUUUUCCCUCGGAAUUGAUCUACAGGGGAACAACAAUGUGGGAAACCAUAUACGGGAUGGUCCUAGCCUACCCGAUAGUUUGCUAUAUCUUCGUACCGGUAUACUACAGCCUAGGCAUCACGUCCGUUUACCAAUACUUAGAUUUGCGAUUCAAAUCCCGACUCGUCAGGUGCCUGGCGUCAGGAACGUACAUUGUACGACAGUUACUUAAUCAAGGCGUGACUGUUUUCACACCCUGCGUAGCUUUGAACUCCGUCAUCGGUUUACCCUACUGGGCCUCGAUAUUUGGAAUAACCGUCGUUAGCGUUAUUUUUACUAUUUUGGGAGGACUGAAAGCGGCAAUUUUAGCGGACGUAAUGCAGGGAUUAACAAUGAUAGCAGUCAGUGUCGCAAUUAUAAUUCAAGGAUGCAUCGAAGCGGGUGGUGUCGCGAAUGUAUUUGAAACAAAUAUAAAUGGAGGACGUUUAAAAUUUUUUAAUUUUGAUUUGGACCCAACAAUUCGUGUCACUACAACGUCUGCAUUAAUCGGUCAAUUAUUCAUGUCUCUAUCGAUACUUGGUUGCCAGCAGAAUUUUGUGCAGCGUUACUGCAGCAUGGGAUCACAACGAAAGGUUACAAAGACGUUGAUGUAUAAUAUUCCGGUGAUUACGAUUUUAUUUAGCUUAUCAUGGGUCGUCGGAAUGGUAGUGUAUGCCGUAUAUGCAAAUUGUGAUCCCUAUAAAGCCGGAUAUAUAAAAAAGUACGACGAAGUCCUACCUUUUUUUGUCGAAGAUCGGUUUAAUUACGCACCUGGAAUUUUGGGAUUGUUUAUGGCGUGUUUGUUCAAUGGAGCGUUGAGUUUGAAUGUAUCUAAUUUGAAUUCCUUGGCAACCGUCACUUUCGAGGAUUUCUUAAAGCCAAUCCCUCGUCUGAAAGCCAUGAAGGACAUACAUCAGCUGUACGUUAUCAAAGCGAUUGGCGUUGUAUAUGGAUUCGUUAUCAUGGGAAUUAGUUUUGGAGUGGGUCUCCUAUCGGGCGUUAUUGAAUCGUCUAUGCUGGUCACUUCGGCAACUUCGGGGCCGCUUCUAGGAGUCUUCUUUUUAGCUAUGUUGGUCCCUUGUUGUAACUGGAAGGGUGCAGCAAUAGGAAUGAUUACUUCUCAUAUUUUGACACUUUGGAUAACAUUUGGAGGACUCACCAUUGACAAACCAAUCGUCGUUAUGCCUCUAUCGACGGAGGGCUGCAACAACAGCUCUUUUAAUCCGCAUAUCCUGAGGGCGGAUAUCCCUUUUCCUAUAACAACAACCCAGCCGCCAACCACCGUCACCUACAGCAGUUUAAACAUCACUCGAGCGGAAACAUCAGACCCCUUAACGGACCUUUAUUCGAUAACCUACAUGUACUACUCCUUUAUCGGCUGUAUAAUAACGGUGGUGAUCGGAUGCACGUUCUCCUGCAUUACCAACGUCAGCGAGGACGAACUCUACACGAAAAACUUGAUACACCCCAUCGCGCAGAAGAUCGCAAGCUGGUGUCCCGGCGCCAACCGUCGCUAUUUGGAGGACAGAAAGCUUUCCAUUAUUGAGGAAAACGCGCCACAGAUGGCGAAGGAGGCUCGAAAGAAAGAGUCUACGAAUGGAACAACGAACGUCGCUUUCGCGGACGAAUUUGCGGAUAAUGUAGUUUGUAGAACAAAGUUGUGAUAUCGUCGAAGUAUUAUUUUUUUAUACCAUUUCAUUUUGUUUUUAUAGAUUUAGUACCUCUACUGUGAUCUCUAGCGCGUAUGACUGGUAAUCUGUGUAAAUAGUUGCACAAUUCAGUUAAUAUUUGUAGAUGAGACCUCUCUUAUACAUAUUUACGUUAUGUAUAUUUAGCAUAUAAGUGACUUUGGUUUUAAUACUCAAUUAUUUAACUGAAAAAAGGCAGUAUUGGUGCUGAUAUACUUACCGAAUUCGUGUUUGUAACGUGUGCUUAUUUAUAUAAAAGGGAACAUCCUAAAGUCAUAUAAGUUGAUAUGAUAAGUACUUAGAUAAAUUACCUACAUCUUUUUACAUUGUUCCAAAUAAAGAAUACGCUCAAAUUUCA